GACAAGCAGAGGAGAGGAUAGGAGGAAGCGAGGGAUUUCUGUCGUCUUCUGCGUCCUCUGUGCGUGUUGUGUAAGCGCAGCCUGAACGGUACGGGUGGCUCCAGCGGGAGGGCGGCGGCAUAGCAGGCGGUCAGCCAAUCAGCCGGCAAUGCAGUCAUACGCCAGGCAGCCAAUGGUGUAGCAGGAGGGCUGCUGCUCGUGAGGCAGGCUCUCACGAUCUCUUAUUAAUGAAUGGAGGAGCUCGCGGACAACACACGCCUGUGCCAUCAUCAUCAUCAUCAUCAGCAGCAGCAGCAGCAGCGCUCUCUCACACGCUGAGAGAGGAGGAGAGGAGAGAAGGAGGAGGAGAGCAAAGAGAGGAGGAGAGGAGUGAUACAAAGGCAAACAGAUCCAGUUCCUUUGCUCUAGCGGCACCCGGGAGAGGAGAGGAGAAGAGCAGAGAGAGGAGGAGAGGAGAGAGACAAAGGCAAACAGAGCCAGGCGCCCGGGAGAGAGAAGAGAGGAGCAGAGAGGAGGAGAGGAGCAGAGAGGAGAGGAGAGGAGCAGAGAGGAGCAGAGGAGGAGAGGAGCAGAGAGGAGAGGAGAGGAGCAGAGAGAGGAGGAGCAGAGCAGCAGCAGCAUGAUGAAGGGACAUGAGAGGAAGGGUGAGCAGACCAGAGCUGACCGUAGCAAUCCAAAUGCAGAGACCGAACCAGCUGACCAGAACCUGGAGAGUGACCAGAACCUGGAGAGUGACCAGAACCAGAACCUGGAGAGUGAUCAGAACCUGGAACAGAACCUGGAGCAGAACCAAGAGCAGCCGGACCCAGAGCCCCAUGGAGUGUGUUCGUCCAGCAGCCUGGCCGUGCCCCGUGCCACCACCCCGACGCGUCGCUCCGUCUCCCUGGGCGAUUUCAAGCGCCUGGGCCCGGCGGCAUCCGGCUCCGAGCCGCCCUCGACCUCCACCACGGCGCCCUCGUCCAAGCUGGUGACACCCAGCUGCAGCAUGGAGUUCGAGGUGGCCCGCCGUCGCCUCCUGGAGGUGGAGGAGCGCCAGCGCGUGAUCCGCGAGAUGGAGCGGCGGCUGGAGGAGCUGCGGGAGGUGUUCGUGCAGCAGGAGCAGGAGGCCGUGGUGCACGGGGAGCUGGUGGGACGCAUCUCCAGCGCCGCCCAGCAGGGGGAGCUCUACGCUGCUGAGAACACCCAGCGGCUGAAGAAGGGCCUGCGCUUCAAGCGCCACCGGCCCACCAUCGUCUUCUCCUCCAUGCUCGGACUCCGCACCUGCCUCCCCUGGCCCGUCAAGCUCAAGUAGUCGGACGAGCGCACCCUCCUCUUCCUCCUACCUCAUCCUUCCUCCUCCUCCUCCUCAUUCCACAAACCCUCCCCCAUCCCUCUUUAACAGCCCACCUCAGCUACACAUGAAGGUCGCUCUCCAUGCUGGUUUGGCAGAACUCGUUUCUCUGUACACAUAUUUAUUUAUUUAUUUAUUUAUUUAUUUAUUUAUUUCCUCCUGAGAACUUCAAAGAGCCGCCCACACACACUCGCCCUGUCGUUGAGAGAUGCUUUCUGCCGCUUUGCUGCAUCAGUGAGCUGAGCCCCCCCACGGGCCCCUGUGCUUAUUUGUGCAGCUUUGUUUUCUGCUGAUUGGAAGUACAGCUUCUAGACAGCAGUUUGGGCUCUGGGCCAGAUCAGCACCAGAAGUGGCCCAGAACUGGCUUCUGUCUGGGGAGGAGCGCUGGACUCUCAGGGGGCCACUACUCAGGGCCAAGCGCAGGGGCAGGAGACCGGUCGUCCAGCUGGGGAGAAUUACGGCAACAACAUCCUCCUCCACCACGCACGCUACCUACUACGAGUGAGAGGCAGAGGAGAGAGAGAAGGAGAGGAGAGGAGGAGAGAGGAGAGGAGAGCAGAGGAGAGGAGGAGACGAGAGGAGGAGAGUGCAGGAUGAAGGGAAAAGCGCUCUUCUCCUUGUGAGAUUCUCUCAACACAGAACACACAGAGGGAGAGAAGUCACUCGGACUGGUUCUGACUGGUUCUGUUUUCUAUGAAUAUAAAGCUGCACAGUGUAGGAACUGGGCAUAUUUCUGGGUUAAUUUAUGUUAUUAGACUCGGCCUCUGUGAUAUGUUGAUGCUGAUGCACAGGGUGCAUGAGCUGCGUUUCUUUUCCACGUUACUAGAGCCAGCUUCUCUGGUGACGGGACGACAUGCUAUCAGCAGACAGAGGAGGCAGGUGUGAUGCAUGAUGGGAUGCAGAGGGCAGGUGUGAUGCAUGAUGGGACGCAGAGGGCAGGUGUGAUGUAUGAUGGAAUAGUUUGACACGAGGAGUGAGGAGCGAAAGAGUCAAGAUGACGUGUCUCAGGCAUCCCAGCAUGCCUCACUCCAGUGGCGUUCUCGUCUCCCGAGGGACAGACAGGAGAGGAGAGGGUGUCCGUCCGCCUGUCACCGCCUGACCUCGCCAUGGCCUGCCAACACUGACCCCUGACCUCGCUGUCACUCCGUCCCUCAGAAUGUAUUCAACAACAACAACAACAUCUACAGGCACUAAAAACAUCUGUGUCCUGGAUGACUUGAGGACCUCUCGCCAUGCACAAAGAUGGUGGAUUCUUUUUAAACUUGAGCUUUUAACAUACUUACUUGUGUACAAAAGGCCUUUUUAUGAACAAUGUGACAGGACCUGUACAGUUUAGAACUUGCUUUUAAGCUUUUCUAGCAUCGCAGCUGCUAUCUAAUUAACCCCUACAUCACAGGCAGUGGUAGAGGUGGCAAUACUAAACCUUUAAGGAAAGGCUUGUACACAUCUUACAAAGAUCUUAAUCAGUGGCUAAGGACCUAAGGUUAUCAAAGGUCUUAAAUGGCUAAGGUUAUCAUAAGGUCUCAUAAAUGAUUUAGGAAGUAGAGAAGGUUUUUAAUGACUGAAGCACUUCAUCUCGGUCAAUUAUGUGGCCUCUGAGGUGACAAUCACAGCUGUGUUGUGCUAAUUGUCAGUGUGUGUAUGUGUGUGUGUGUAUGUGUGUGUGUUGCUCAUUGCUGGCAAAAUGAGUAGCUGCUGGUGCACAAUGCUGGGGGUAUGAGAGGGCCAACGCUAGUUUUCCGUCAGCGUUUUUUGAACAAGAUGCUCUCGUUAUCUCCUCCACGCGGCGUCUAGCUCCAGGUGGCCUAGUUCCACAUUUAGGCCUUGAUGAGCAGACAGACACUUGGCCUCCUUUUCUCCUCCCGUUUCCCGCGUGUCUCGCACCCUGUCUUUGUUUGAACAAGCAGCUAGUGCUCCCGCGCGUUGGCGCAGGCAAUGCACUUGAGAGAUCUAUUUUGGGCAAACGCAUGAUCUUGGAGUGGGGUGCGGUGGGCGUGUGUUUGCUGUGCAGUUUAGAUAAAGAAUGCUAGAGAAGACAACAGCGCACUGGGCGGACUGGACUAAAUUAACUAUUUCUUUAUCUUCAUCAUGCAGUUUUGUUCCCCCUCCCCUCCUCCGAAUGUAUUGUUUACAUUAUUAAUUUCAGUGUCAAUUUAGGGAUAGUCUACUAUUUCUGUGGAGUUGAGACGGUGUGCAAUACCUCUAAAAUGUGCAUUGACUCACUAUUGAAUCAUUUAACAGAUAGUCCACAACUGCCCCAGAAUGUUCAGUGCUCCUUUCUCCAUACCAAGGACCACUACACGACACUGAAAUUACAAAUCAGUGCGUUUCGGUAGUACUUAGGAUGCUUUUAUGAUGGAGCAUCACGUGUCACUCGAGUUGUGCAUUUGCACAAGUGAUGUAGGUUCGCUUUACAACGAACAACAUAACAACUAUUUAUAAAUCAGCGCUUUUACAGUAGAUGAUGUCCUCGGUUGGCUGCUUUAACAUUUAGAGCAACCACGUCUGCCUUUCCGUGUCGGUCUGCCAACGGUUUGGUCAUAGAGCUUGAAAUAGUCAUGAGCGAUGUCUUUGUUUAGAGCCAUGCAGUGAAAUAUUAUCAUUUGAUGCAUCGCUGGAUUCACCGUCAGCACCAUCGGUGCCCGAUGUGUUCUUGUUUGAGAACUCGUGAGGUGGGUGCGUAUAGACUGCAGUACCUGCGUCAAGCAAAUUCAGUGGCCGAAGCAAAGUGCGUAACGCUGCUGUUGACGCCGUCAUGUCACGCAUACAAGAAUCGCCGAAGUCCUGCCGUAAUGUUUCGUUUUGUACAAAUGUCUAUCAUUCUGUCGCUCUUUUUUAUCACAAGGGCUACGUUUAAUUCAUUCAAUGAAAGCGCGUAAUUCAGUUCCCUGAUGUUGAUUUGGCAUCUCCAUCCAUGCGGAUGAUCGUUGUAAGAUGGCUUUUGUUGUCUACGCGCUUACAUAUCAAAUGCAAACCAAACUCAAUCGUAGUGCGCUUGGAACUGGCGAGUGUUCAUGAAACAACAGCUAGGAACAGCUGCCGCGCAAAAGUCUGUAGGCUUCAGUAGGGGGUUGCCGUCAUACAUAACAUGCCUUAUCCGACGUGUAUAGUCUGUAGUUAUUGUAUAUAUUGCGAGCUCAGCCUGAUGCCGGUUGAAUCACUUUUGAUCCCAUGCACACAUUGUUUUGCACUGUAUAUUUAAAGAGUUUUGUUAUGAAGAAAAAAAGCUUUCCCAAAGAACUCUUGGCCCACUAGCUGAAUGAAUGUAUGGCACAAAUAUGCUUUUGAUUGAAAUGUCCUAUACUUGCUGUGUGUGUGUGUUAUUUGUACCUUUAGAAGGUGCUGCCCAGAUAGCAGUAGUGAGAACACAGAUUAGACCUGAAACACAAAAUAAACACUAAUCAACUCAACAACACAUUAUCUAAGCUGUCACCUGCAUCUAUACCUUUAAUUCCUUUUGAAAAGUUGUUUUUUUUUUCUUUAGAUCUUUAGAUGUAUAUGUAGUUGAAUCAUUUUGGAUUUUUUUGGACUUUGGAUGCACUAGUAGACAGUAAGAGUGCAUUGUGAACUGGCUAUUAGCUUAUAGAUAACCUUUAUUCAUAGCCUUCUCAGUGAAUGUAAUACAAAUAUUUUUAUUUUAUGUUUUGUUUUGUUUCUACUUAAUAUUUAUUGUUACAUAAGUAAGAGGUUUUAAUUCUGAUCUUUCUUGGUGUUCCAACUUAAAGCAUGAUGCAAGCUAAUGUUUAUCUUAUACUUGAUGGGUCUACUCUGUAUAUUUUGCUGUUGGCUUUGAACAACGACACUGAAACUGAACUUCUGGCUGGGACUAGACGGAUGUUGCUUGUAAUGUAUCCUUAGAGUAGUGCACAAACAAUACUACCAUGCUAAACAGAGUGGUCUCCACAGCUAAACAGUUCCAUAUGAGUGCAGUCCAAGCGCAUUCAACAUUUCAUCAUCAUCUGCAGCUGCCCCUGAGGGGCCAGGCCUGGCCAAACUCAACAUGGAGGCCGGACGACUAUUUUAAACACACUCUGCUGCUCAGCGAAAUGCAGUUUACAGGAGAAAACACAUUUUGUGCUUUGGAAUACUAGGUCUGCAUUAGAACGAUUUAGAUUGAUUAAUAGGUCUAAGUGCAGGGCCGUACUAGAGCAGUACUCUGUUAUUGAUUAAUAGGUCUAAAGUGCAGGGCAGUACUCUGGGUACCCAUUCUGAGAGAUGCUGAAAGGAGAUGAUAUUGCUAUGUGAUGGAAUAACUCACUAUCAGGGUACAUCUCCAAAAUUAGUCCAUGCAAUUACAGGACAGGGUUUGUGUAGUUUGUGUAAAGGGUACUUCAUACAAAACACAUUAGAGAUCAUCCUUAUGACUAGAGUAGAGAAUCAUAACACAUCUCUAAGCUGGAGAUUAUCUUUACGUACAGACUAGAGUCCAGUCUAGAGAAUCAUAACACAUCUACAUGCUGGUGAUCACCCCUGUGGGACACACACACACACACACACACACACACACACACUCCACCAUUUAAAUGGCUUUGCUGAGGAGCAGUGCGUUCUCACUUUACGCAAACUGCCUCAGCACAUCUUUAAUGGAGUGUGUGUGUGUGUGUGUGAGAGAGAGAGAGAUGCAUUGAGACUCCAAGCACUGGGGCACAGGCAUCAUCUUGAUAUUUAUCAGGGUUUUUAGUGACACUCAGCAGAGGCUUUUAGUUGCACUCAGCUUUCUCUCUAGAGGGGAUCAGCAGCAUGGUGUGGUCAGUGAGGAGGAGACAGGACCAAGCAUGGCCCAAUGGGGUGGUCAGGGUGUUUCUUGGUGUUUUAUGCCCGUAACAUUGUCUUCAAGGCAGCGCUGCCUGGAAGGCACUAGGGUUAGGCAUGGGUUAAGGUUAGGGUUGGGGUUAGGUUUUAGGAUUAGGUGCCUUGAAGUCAGCGGUGGCAGCGCUGCCUGGAAGACGACGUUGGGGGCAUAAAGCACCAUCGAGCGGUUAGUGCAGGGUCAUAAAUCCUACAGGGAGGAAACUCAGCCUUUGUGUCAGCAGGAGCAUUCAGGGCAGCAGGAGAAUGGUGCUCAGGUCUAUAACAUUACCCUGGCCAACGCUGCCCAGUGCAGGAGUCAGAGGACCUCAUCAUUACUUUCUAACAGCAGGAUCUGACCACAGCACAUUUAGCAGGCUGUUUCAUUGUCAUAGGUUCUGUUUGUGUUCUUUGACAGUUAUUUCUGAUAGAAUGUACUGUAUGUAUGUAUGUAUUGUAUGUAUGUACAUAUGUGUGUGUGUGUGUAUGUAUGUAUGCAUGUAUGCAAACAUAGCGGAUGAAUGUGAUGUAAUAUGUACCAUGUCCCACUGUAUGAAUGUACACGAGGAACCAGAGUUUCACAAUAAACCUUAUUUGACUAUGAAAACAAAA